AUGGUCAAGGGCAAUGCGCAACCCGGCAUCUACAGUGCCACCUACAGUGGUAUCCCCGUCUACGAGUUCCAAUUCGGAGAUGACCUCAAGGAACAUGUCAUGCGACGGCGGCAAGAUGACUGGAUCAACGCAACGCACAUUCUAAAGGCCGCCGGGUUCGACAAGCCCGCCCGGACACGCAUCCUCGAGCGCGAAGUACAAAAGGAGAAGCACGAGAAGAUUCAGGGCGGGUACGGAAAGUACCAGGGCACAUGGAUCCCCCUCGAAAAGGGCGUCGCCCUCGCCCAGCGCAACAACAUCUACGACCGUCUGCGACUCAUCUUCGAAUACACCCCGGGCGACCAGAGCCCGCCGCCGGCUCCCCGGCACACAAGCAAACCAAAGGCACCAAAGAAACCCGCAGUGCCCAAAUGGCCCGGUACGAGCAUCCAACAACAGCAGCAGCAGCAGUUACCACCACAGGCUCAGCCCCCUGCUAACUCGAUGCAAGGCGCACCGCCGCCGCCAGAAGAAUACGAUGUUGGCGACUCGGUCAUGAACGACGAUGAUACCCCAGACAAUCUCACCGUUGCCUCCGCCUCGUACAUGGGCGAGGACGACCGCUUCGACAUGUCCCACCACUCCACCGGCCACAGAAAGCGGAAGAGGGAGGAGGCAAUCCAGGACCUGACGCAGCAGCAGCACUCCGUCUACGGAGACGAGCUCCUUGAUUACUUCCUCCUCUCUAGAAAUGAGAAGCCAGCAUAUCGCCCUGAGCCCCCGCCGAAUUUCCAACCGAACUGGAUCAUCGACUCGGAGGAGCACACGGCGCUCCACUGGGCGUCAGCCAUGGGCGACGUGGACGUCAUCAAGCAGCUCCGUCGGUUCGGCGCCAGCUUGAACGUGCAGAACGUGAGGGGGGAGACCCCCUUCAUGCGUUCGGUGCAUUUCACCAACUGCUACGAGAAGCAAACGUUUCCCCAAGUCAUGAAGGAGCUCUUCGACACCGUUGAUGCUCGGGAUGCAUCAGGCAGCACAGUCAUCCACCAUGCUGCGGUGAUGAAGAACGGGAGAGUGGUUAGCCAUUCAUGUUCGAGGUAUUACCUGGACAACAUCCUGAACAAGUUGCAAGAAACACAUGAUCCCGCCUACGUCCAGCAACUCAUUGACGCGCAAGACGAGCAAGGCAACACCGCCCUCCACCUGGCGGCGCAACGCAACGCAAGGAAGUGCAUCAGGGCGCUCCUCGGUCGCCAAGCGUCGACCAACAUCCCCAACAGCGAAGGCGUACGAGCGGAAGACCUCAUCGCCCAGCUCAACGCCACUAAGAAGGAACGCGGCCCUCAGCGCUCCUCGUCUCCCUUUGCGCCCGACUCCCAACGUCACGUCUCCUUCCGUGACGCCAUGCCAGAAAGGAUGACGACAAGCAAGAAGCUCGCUCUCGCCUCGUUCAACUCGGAGGCAGCAAACACAGUGCACGCGCGCAUCACGCCGCUCAUUAUGGAAAAGUUCCAAGACCUCGCAGGAAGCUACGACGAGGAGCUCCGCGAGAAGGACCAGGCAGAAAAGGAAGCCCGCCGCAUCCUCUCCAACACGCAAGCCGAGCUCGCCGCCGUGCGGCAGCAGAUCGCCGAGCUCGAGGCGCAGCUCGAGCCGGACGACGGCGCGGCGCAGAUCAUGAGCGAAGCCAACCGCGCCAAGCACCAGGUCAUGUCCCUCAUCACCCACCAGAACCGUCUGCAUGUGCAGCAGGCCGUCGACCAGGAAAUCAGCAAGCUCAACGGCGACGUCGACGAGGCCUCGUACGAGGACCGUCUGUCCCUGGCGAAGCAGCUGCAGACCAUGCUCUCGGAGCAGCGGCAGUCCGAGUCUGACUACGUCGAGGCGCUCAGCAUGGUGGGCACGGGCGAGAACAUUGACAAGUACCGCCGGUUGCUGCGCAAGUGUCUGCCCCCGGCCGAUGCCGAGAACCUGGACGAGAACCUGGACAACCUUAUCGAGAUGAUGGAGGAGGAUCGCGACCUGCCGGGCGACGGAUCUGGCCUCGAGCCCAUGGACGUCGGGAUGAGCAGCAUCGGCAUCGGCAUUGGUAUCUAG